CUAAACGAAUACAACUGCAAAACCAACCAAUCGACUACCAUAACAUGGAUAUGUGGUCAUGGAUAUGCGAACUCCCCAACUCAGAUGAGUGGGCCGAGUCAGACUCCCCACUCGUCUUCCAGCUCGCGAUCGAGGAAGAUGCCAAACACAACACCCAGAAAUCGAUUCUCCUCAAAGCAGAACGAACUUCAGGUUCCAACACAGAAACUCUUGUAACAUUCUCAGUUUGUCUUGAGGGAUUCUACUACCCUUCCCAUAACCCACACAAAACCUUGUGGGUGUCGGACCCUUGUCCACUCUCCGCAGACAAGCCCUUCCUCCCUCUUCUUCUGCAACUCCUUCAAGAUAUCAUAGCCCGCGCACCCUUCACGUACGAUAACACUUGUCCUCGCUCCCAGUUACAGAAGCUCAAACCAGAACCGGUUUCGUGGAUACUCGACUCGCACUCGCCCGAGUCGUUCUCCACCUUCUUCAACCUUAUCUUCCUGUGUCGUCUCUUCUGGCUCUGCAUCAGUGAUGCCCCCGCAGAAGCCGGCUACCUCUACAUGGAAUCCUUGCUGGGUCCGAACCUAAGCGUUUUAUCUACCAGUAAACAUGUACUGCGAACGUUCUUAACUUCGAUCGGAGUCGACGGGGAACUGUGCUUCAUGCGCACCCUUGGGUACAUGUUAGCCAAGUGGUUGAUCUUAAAAGGAGCAGCAGUAGUAGGAAAAUCGCAAUCACUGACCAAGAACAAUCUGCGCCUGGGGUUCUCGUACGCCACAGAAUCUCACGGGUUCUGGUCCUUGAAGGGAUACGCUCCGGUACUAUCGAUGACCCGUAUUGGUGGCUCCGAUCACGAUCAGAGUCCUCAGUAUCCGGUACUGGAGGCGAAGGACUUCGUUCUAACAUACGCACUGGCGCACCAGCAGUUAGAAGCUCUGAUCCAACUGGAGUACACGGCGGAAUUCCAUGAGGGCUUUAUCCAGGUGACAGCACGUGUCGAUAACUUACGCUUCCACGUAUCCAAGCUGGGUUUCGGCACGAACGACAACGGUGACUACGACGAGGAGAGGCAUUUCCCGUCGAAGAUACGAGUAUGGGUUGGACCGGAAAUCGGGGCCACCUACGUGGCUGGGCUGAGCCUGGGCCGGUCCACGGAUAACCCGGAGAGAGAAGUGGAGACGCAGAAGGUCGUGAAGGGCAAUUUCGGAAAAUCAAAAUCGUCGUCCCUGCCGAGAUUGAAGGCAACGGCGAGAACGUCGACGAGGAAGACGAUGAAGAACUGGAGGUGGGAGCAGGACGCAGAGGGGAAUGCGGCGGUGUUCGAGGCGGUUCUGUACGACAACACGAGCGGAGACGAGGUGGUCACAUGGAAGCCUGGAAUGGUUGGUGGUGAUCUGAAGACAAAGAAUGGUAGUUUCAGGAAAAGAUACUCUGGAGCGAGUAGGGCUUUCAACAAGACAGGAAACGUUGUGUUUGCGAGGGACCAGCACGGGGAAGAGGUUGUGUGGAGGCUGAGCAAGGAUAUGGAAGGUAGUGUGCUCAAAUGGAGGAUCGGAGGGAAGGUUUGGCUGAGCUAUUGGCCCUGCAACGUACAGAGUUCUCAUAUUGAGACGAGGUGUGUAGAUUGGUGCGAUGAGGUUGACUUGCCCUUAAUUCCACCAGGAAAAUAAAUCUAUAAUUUGAUUCCUUCUAUGUAGAAACUAGAAAAGGAGACUCUUUUUUUUAUACUUGUUUUACUCUGUUCUCAGAAAUCUGUGCAAGAGCAA